GAAUAAAAUUCCCUUCCAAUUAUCCCUACAGUUCCCUACCCUCAAGUACCCUACAGUUACUUCCUUAACCCUUCUUCUUCCCCAAAUGGACGACCACCACCACUCACCCCACCCCCGCGGCGGCGCCGCCGUCGAGCCCGUCCGCUCACGGUGGUCGCCGAAGCCGGAGCAAAUCCUCAUCCUCGAAUCCAUCUUCAACAGCGGCAUGGUCAAUCCCCCCAAAGACGAAACCGUCCGAAUCCGCAAGCUGCUCGAGAAAUUCGGCGCCGUCGGCGACGCCAACGUCUUCUACUGGUUCCAGAACCGCCGCUCCCGGUCGCGCCGGCGCCAGCGCCAGAUUCAGGCCAGCCUCGCCGCCGCCGGCGAGGAUCAGCCACAGCAGGUCCAGCCCCAGCCUCAGCCUCAAUUCGACCAAAUUGGCACCAAUUGCAAUUUUCCGAUCGGAUCGUCCCUGGUCGGCUCUUCGUCGUCCUCCGGUGGAUUCUCCGGCGGAAAUUCCGACGGUUUGUUCUCCCUGUCGUCGGAGCACCACGCCGCCGGCCUUUCGCCGGAGUAUGACCAGGCCCCCGCUUUUGCCCCCAAUAAUUCUUCCUCCUCCUUCAACAAUUACCAAUCUGAGGUGAUGACAGUGUUCAUCAAUGGGGUGGCAACUGAGGUGGGACGAGGGCCGUUGGAUGUGAGGGCGAUGUGCGGUGGAGAUUUGAUGUUGGUUCAUUCGUCGGGAAUGGCAGUACAGAUGAACGACUAUGGAUACGCACUUCUUCACUCUGGGGAAAGCUAUUUUCUGGUUCCAAGACAUUCUUGAAGAUGAGGAGAAGCCAUGGAAAGCAUAUCUUUGUCAUUCUCUAUGAAUAAAUAAUAAUGACUUUGUGAUAUUUUUUAAAUCAAAAUUCUUUUUUUUUUUUUUUGUUUUUCUAAUUUUAAUUUUUUUUGCUUUGUUUGAAAUCUUAAUAUUUAAAUCUCCUAUGCUGAAUUUGGUAAUCAUGAAAGGUAUUAUGGGAAUUAUAAAAUGUGAUCAAUCAU